UUUAUGAAGAUUUAAGACUUACUUGCUACAUUAGCUAAAUGAGUAGAGACUCCAACAUUCAAAUCAUAAGCAGCUUGAGGGUCACUUUCUACUUUAUCUGGAAAUCGUUCAGCAGCACAGUGAACAAUUACAUCAGGACGAACAGAGUUCAAAAGAUUAGUGACUGCAUCUUUCUCAAGUAAAUUUAAUUUUGUCAAUCCUGGCUUUGUUCUGUAAAUCAAUUAAAUUUUUUACAUUCAAAUUUUACCACUGUACCAUGCUUACUAACCUUUUGAAUGAAAUUCCACAAACAGUCCAAUCAGAUUCGUUCAGAAAUCGUUCAUAGAUAGACCUACCUAAGAGACCAGAAGCACCUGUUAAAAAAAUUUUCAUUGUUUAUUAAAAAUUGUACAUAAAAACAAGUAGGUAAAUGUUAUUUUAUGGAUUUGUAUUAUUUGACUUUCUUUUUUAAAUUUUACACAGCUACCAACUAGAGUAACCAGUAAUACAGUUGAAAAUGUAGGAAACCACUAACCAUCAACCGGUUAACAUGAUGCACUUGAUGUCUCGCUAUCCAUCGCCACCAGUUGUAUAUUAUCACGGCUUUAGAUAGAUCUCUCUAAGGUGGGAUCAAAAACUUCUAUACUAUAUAGUACUUAAUAAAUAGUACAGAAGUUAGUAGGUGGGAUGGACAUACUACUUAGUACUUACGGCUAUUAUCUAUAGCAGGUAAGUCUCGUUCCAAUUUUAGUGAUAAUGAUUGAUAAUUUGAUCAAGAGUUUACCGAACAGAUAAUAAUCAUUAUGAUUUUACCACAGAAUACAGAAAAAAUUAGCUAUUUUUUAAUUUUUUAAUUUAUAAGAAAAUAAAAAGAUAAAAUUUAUAAUUUUUUCCCAGUAAUAAUUAGUAAUAAUAAUAAUAAUAAUAAUAAUUAUAAUUAUUAUAUUAUUACUAUUUGGCUUGUGUAUAUUAGUUUCUAAACUAAUAUUUUUUUUAUAGAAGGUCAGAAGACAAGUGUAUAUUUUUUUCUAGAUUGUAAACUACAUUUAUAUGUUUUAUUGUUAAUUUUUACUUGAUACUAAUUAAGAAUAUGUUAUUAUUGUUUAUAGAAGAUCAUCUACACAUUAUAAACUUAUGAAGCCUAUAAGUGAUGUGAGAGUUGUGAAAACAACAGAGUCGGCAUUCAUUAAACCAUUUUCAUUAUUAUUUAAACAAGUAGGUACUUAUUAUAUUUAGUUAUUUUUGUAAUGUUACAUUUAUUAAUGGAAAAUAUGUAAAUUUUAGGGACAAAAGGAAAUUAAGUGGGACCUAAUUGACAGUCAUAAUGGGUAAUAUUCAUAAUAUAUUUUGAAUUUAAAAUAAACGAUGCAUUUCGUAUUUAUUACUAGUUUAAAACUAAAUUCAGUUAUUUUAAAAUUAAAAAUGAAUUAUAAAUUAUAAUAAAUUAAUAAAAGUAUGAUAUUUCAUUUGAGAAAAAGAUUUUAAUCUUUAAUAAUCAGAAUAUUUGUAAAAAUGCAAAUAUUUACUUUGUUUUUAUUCAAAAUGUGUUUUCCUUAUACUUAUAUUUUAAUUAAAGUAAAACAAAUCUGAAAUAUUCAAUGCUAUUUUAACCUCCCAAUUUCAAAUUUUAUUUUACUGAAAUACUUCAUUAAACUCAACUUUUUUAACAAAAGGCUUGUGAUUGUUUGGAGUAAAAAGCAUUUCAAAAUUUAUAGUGAAUCAAACAAUUUAAAAUCCCUGAUAUCAGAACAUACACAAAUAAUGUAGGACAUUUCAUUUUAAAUCCUUUAUUAUUUAUUUAAAAAUUUAGUAUUCUAUUUGGAUUCCAGUAACAUAUCGGAAAAUGUAAAAACAAAAAUUGAUUUUUAGCUUUUAAAUAAAUUAGAAGUCAUUUUGGAAAACAUUUUAAAUUUCAGGGUUUUUGCUAUUGAAAAAAUAUAUCUAGGUUAUAAAUUAAACUUAUUACUAAAUAUAUUAUAAUUUAUAAUAUUAGUAUUAUUAUUCUCUAAAAUUAUACCUAAUAAAUUAACUGUUAUUUGAUUUAUAGAGUGUUUGUGAUAAUUUAUAACAGAACUAGAAAUACUUUGGUUUGUGUUAAACAAUUCAGACCAGGUAAAAUUUCAACGUUAAUUUUUAUAGAGUAAACAUUCUAAUUUUGUAAAUAUUUAUAGGUGUUUAUUAUAAAAGUAUACCAGAAGAUGAUAGACCAAAAGAAGGACCAAUUGAUACCGAUAAAUAUCCACCUAGCAUGGGUUUGACUGUGGAAUUUUGUGCUGGUAUUGUGGACAAAAACAAAAGUCUUGCAGAAAUAGCUGUUGAUGAAGUCCGAGAAGAAUGUGGUUAUGAAGUCAAAGUGUCGGAUAUGCAAAAAAUCAUCAGUUGCAGGUAAUAUCAUUUUGCACAUUUAUCAUUACACUAAAGUGUACUUUAUUAUGUCCUAAACAUACUUUAAAUAUUUUUUUUUUAAAAAUGCUUGAUUUUUUAUGGAAAAAAUUAUUAAAGUAAUUAUAAAGAAAAAUCUUUGGAAUUUCGACUCAAAAAACGGCAUUAUUUUAAAGUCGUGAAUGGAAAUGAUUAAAAGCUCGAUAUCAAGUAACAAGGUUUUAAGUCUUAAGAUACUAUCUUCCUUCCAGAUUCAGUUUGAAAAUUCUAAAGUAAAUAAGUUAGCAAUUUAAAGUUUGGGUUAGAAAUCACUGAAGGCCUCAUUUCACAUUUUUAUAUUUUUUUGCUUUUCACUUCCCUGACAGUUUUGUUUAAAAAGAUCGAGGUUUAUUUUCAAUUUUUGUUUCAUAAGUCUAACUUGAGCACGCGAAGCAAGCUCAUAGAGGACAUAAAUUCAUAUUUUUAUUAUUUGACAUUUCAAUAUUUAAAUAAAAAUGUAAAAACAAAUUAUUUAUUGAUUAUAUUUGAUAGUCAAUAAAUAAUAAGUGACAUUCAUAGUCUUUAAAUCACUAUAACUUUGAUAUUAUAGUAGAAAAGUAAUUCUGAACGCACCAUUAGCUUUAACAUCAAUUAUAAAUUAAUUAAUUAAUUUGAAAUUUUUAAAAUUGAUUGGCCAUAAUAUCUUAAAUAAUGGUUGUUAAAAAAAAAUUGAAUUUGUAAGAAGUGUGGUAUUGUACUCUUGUUCCUUAUUUUUUUAUAAUUUAAAGGAAUUAUCAGUACCAAAAAUCUUAAAAUAACUUGUUAUAUACUAGACUAAAAUUAUUAAAAUUCUUAUUACCUACUACUAUCAUUGAUUAAAUUUACUUAAUUUGUAUAUAUUUGGACUGUGAAAAAGAAUUACUUACUGUUAUGUGUUACUUUUUAAGUAUAUUAAUGACAUUCUGAUCUUAUAAAAGGCAUCUUGUAUAAUCAGACACUGAAAAUAAUAGUUGUCCUGAAUAGACAAUCUAGGAAAAUAUACAAAUUUAAAUUAAUUGGUCCAAUUUGGAUUUUAAUCUAACUUUUUUUUAAACUGGGCUGAUUUCUAAUAGCAGUUGAGUUAAUAUUUUUUAAAUUAAAAAUAUUGUGUUAUAUUUAAGACAUACUCACCAAACAUACUAAAUUAACUCAAUCAUAUUAUUUAGUGGUCAAAAUAAUUGAAAUAUAACUAUAUAUAUUUUCUAACUUCAAGAUUUCUAGUAAAUUUGUACAUAAUUUUAACUAAAAUUAAUUUAAAUGUAUGUCUAUAAUUAUUUAUGUAUAAAUGUACUUGAUAUAACAACAAUCAAGAUCAAUUAAAGUAUAUCAAAUAAUUUUUUAUAAAUAAUUCCAACAAUAUUAGUUAAAAUUCAAAACUAAUUUGAAUCAAACCAUUUUUUUUUUACAGAGCUGCUCUAAGUACAACUGGUUCAGUUAUGACAUUUUUUUAUACCGAGGUCAGUGACCAAAUGAAAAUUUCUGAAGGUGGUGGUCUUGCAAACGAGGGUGAAGAUAUUGAAGUUGUAGAAUACACAAUCCCACAAAUUAGAGAUAUAGUCACACAAUCAGAAGUUCUUAAUGGAUCAUCCAGUUUUCUCUUUGGCUUAAUGUGGUUUUUAACAAACAAAAUAGUUAUGAAUAAUUAAAUAAAAAUAAUAAUAUAAUUGGUUUAAUAUUUUAUAGCAUGUUAAUUACAUGUCUUUAUUAAUAAAAAAUACAUAUAAAAAAGUAAAUUUUUUUUAAAUUUUUGUAAAAGUUUUUCUUUUUCAGAAUUGUCAGUGUAACUUACAUUUCGUGAUUUAUUUUAGCAGAUACCCACCCUAAACCCCAUUUUAAAUUUGUUAACAUAAACUUCAGUGCUUUAGUCCAACCUUCUUCAGAAUUUAACUGUAUUCUAUAAUGAAGAUAAUUUCAAUUAAAAAUGUUCAACUAUAAUAAAAUUAGGUCAAUUAGUUACAUUAUUACCGGAUGUUAUAAGUAUUUCCAGUAGCUGAAUCUUCAAUUUUACCCUUUUCCAUUCGAUACGGUAAAUGAAAUCCAGAAUUACCUUUCUCAACUUCUUCUUUAAACUGUUGAAGACAGUCUAAAAAUGCCACCAUAGCCAAAUCAAAUUUUGUGUUCCAAACAAAGCGUAUACCACCUUGACCAUAUAAAGGCAAUGUUUUUUUCUCUCCUAAAACCUAUAACAGUA